GUCAAAGUCAUGCGCUCUACCUUCUGUUGAGGCUGGAGUAGUUUAGUUUGUAUCCAUGUCAUAAUAAUAUACUUUUACAGAGUUAUUCAGGGGUGUAGUGUAAUUAUCUCUCCUUUUUACUGGCUUCCCAACCAGAACAAUGAUGACUUAUGGUCGCAUUUUGAAAGUCCUGCACAGAAGUCUGAGACAAACCGUGACACAAUUCUGCGUGCAUCAGUGCUACGUUGUCCACACGCACAGGGCUUUGUGCACAGCGCCAGCAUUUGUCCAUUUCGGGACAAAGGUUUCUUCACUGGACUGUCUCACUGCAAGUCAGAGACACCAAGUUGCGUCUGUGCACUGUACAGCUAGAAACAGAAGCAGCCCCGAAGACAGAGGCAAGUCUGUGUCCAGGUAUCAGAGUGGGAGCCCUAAACCUUCAGCUGCACAGAAAGUGAAAGAAGCUGGAAGAGAUUUCACCUACUUGAUAGUAGUUCUCAUCGGGCUGGGAGUGACAGGUGGGCUGCUGUAUGUGGUGUUUCAGGAGCUGUUUUCUUCCUCAAGCCCAAACAAGGUCUACAGCAGAGCUUUUGACAUAGUCAAAUCCCACCCAGAGGUGAUCGGUGCCUUUGGCGAGCCAAUCAAAUGCUAUGGUGAGACCACCCGUCGAGGAAGGAGGCAGCAAGUCAGUCACAUGGAGUACAUGAAGGAUGGACUAAAACACAUGAGACUUAAAUUUUACAUUGAAGGCUCAGAGCCAGGCCUGAAGGGAACGGUGCAUUCGGAGUCAAAAGAGAACGCUGAAACUGGAAAAUAUGACUUUCGCUAUAUAUUUGUGGACGUAGACACAUACCCCAGGAGGAGCAUUAUUGUGGAAGACAACAGAUGAGAAAUAUUUACAUGACCUCUCAGGAUUUAAAAACGGGGAAAUGGUAUCUAACUGAAAUGCAGUCGUUUUGCAAUAUUUGUGAUUGAUUGAAAGUCAUUCUUCUUGUAGCAGUUUAACAAAGUCAAAUGUAUUACAAAUAGAAAUUGUUUGGGGCUAAAAUUGUGAAUUGUAAUUUCAAAUAAAUAUGUUGUUUUUUUAAUCUAA